AUGGUUAAAAUCAAGCUCGAUGAGUCACUUAAGUGGAUUUGGUCCUCAAUUGCAUCCAUGUACACAAAUGGUGCAGGAGACAGACAAGGCUUGAGUGAGAAGAAGCAGUCAAAAAGAAAUCCUUCUGGUUACUCUUCACACAGUGUGGCUUUCAAAAUCUACAACAAGAGAACUGAAUGUAUUGAAGAAAGGGUGCAUGAGAUCGUUAAUGAAGCAAACAACUUGGGUGAUAAAUUCGCACGGGAUGAUGAAGCAGAAGUUUGGGAAUGUUCAGAAGUUCCUGAUGAGGCGAUUAAAAUUUCAAAUGGAAAGGUUGAUCUGAUGUGUCAAGUCAAAAAGGAUGGUGAAGAAUUUAAAUUCACCAUCACUCCUUAUAAAGCUGAACAUUGGGUGGAUGAUGGUGCAACUAUACCUGGUACCUUUGAUGUUGGAAUAGAGGAACAUGAAAAAGUGAUAGAGAAGGUUGCAGAAAAGGAGAUUCACUGCACACGAGGAUGGGGGAACAUUGAUAGACCUGGUUCCUCAGUCCAACAGGAAAAGAAUUCUCCUAUGCUGGAAAAUACUUCAAUAUCAGACGAAAGACCAGGUUCACAUCGUGUACCUAAAAUUACACCCCUAGGGGAGAUUUCUGAAAGUAAAGAACUGGUUGUGUUCAAUCAAUCUAAGAAGUUUAAUGAUGAGGAUUCUGAGAAGCUUAAUGAUACGGAUGAGUCUCUAAAUCUAAGUCAAAGAAAAUGUGUUUUAAGAAAGAGGGAUCAACCAGUGAAAAAGAUUUGGGUUUUGGUGGAUAAGGUGGAAGUAUCACAAACUGAAAAGGCUGAUCUUGUGAAAAAUGUGGGAAUGGAGGAGGAAGAAGCAGAAGUCAUACUUUUGAGGAAAAAAUCAAAGAAAAGGAAACUGAAAGAGGUUGAAUCAGAAAAAAUGGCUGAGAAGGAAAUUGAGCCCAGGGAAAGGGGACCAGGUGCUAAGAGUCAGAGCACUCAAAAAAGGAAAAGAACUCCCUCAAAAAGUAAAAAGUCUACAAGUGUCAGGAAGGAACCUGGUUCCUCGUCCAGAAGGCAAAACGUGAAACUGUCAGAAUCAGAAAGGAAGGAAAUUCUGAAACCCAAACAUCUUACUGAUAAGUUAAAGUGUAUUCUAUGCUUUGAUGAUUGUCAAACUGAUGAAGAAACAAAGAGAGACCUGAUCUGCGACUUGCUCUCUCUUUAUAUUGUACAGUCAGCAGCAACAACUGUAAAGAUGGAACUGGUAAACAACCAGGUCCCUCAUAUACUGCUUGAUGGACGCAUAGCCUAUAACAAUUGGUAUCACAUCAGGAAGGCAGUGGAGAAAAACUAUAAAGCUAAGAAGAUCCUUGUAUGUGGAAUAGGAUCUGAUGAGUACAAUCGAGUCUCAGCUUGUUCAACUGCUAAAGAGAUCUGGAAAGCUCUCCAAACUUCCCAUGAAGAAACAACACAGCAAGGUAAAUCCAGCUCUGAAGCCAAAGAUCUCAACACAUUGACAGUAGAUGAGCUUAUUGGAAACCUUAAGACAUAUGAGACGAAGAUGACUAUGAAGAAGGGUGAAAAGGAUGAAGUCAAAAAGGAAAGGAGUCUAGCUCUCAAAGUUGCUAGAGAAGACUCAAGCGGCGAUGAAUUUGAGUGUAGAAGGCCUGAUUACUUUGUUAAAAAGUGCCCUCAAAACAAGCAGGACAGUUACAAUAGAACUGCUAAGAGGAACCAGGUUCUUGACAGAAAGUUUAGAAGAAAAAAAGUUGUUGAUAAACUAGUAAAGCAAGCACUUGUUGCAUUGAGGGAUUCUUCCAGUGAGUCCAAAAAUGAAGAUGAAAACGGGGAUACAUCAAUGGUGGUCAUAGAAAAUGAAGCCUCCAAGUAUGAGUCAGUCUUUGCACUCAUGACGAAAUUCGAUACAGAUGAUGACGAUGAGAGUGAUGAAAAUGAGGAAUAUAAUUUUUUUGAGGUUAAGAAGAACCUGAAAGCCUACUCUCAGAAAAAGCUCAUAUCACUGUCAAGUGUGUCAAUAGAUGCAUAUCAUGCCCUUAUUGCUGAAAAAAAUGUGCUAACUCAUAAAAUCAAUGACUCUGAACUUGAAAGAGACAAUCUGUUAGUGUUCAUUGGAGAGGUGAAGGAACAAAUCAAUGAGACCAAUCAGCUAAAUAUCAUGCUGGAAAGUCAAAGGAGAAGGGAUAUAGAAGCAUCUUUUAAAGUAAAGAGUGAAGCUAGUAAGAGUCACUUGCAGCUUGAAAAUGAGAUCAAAAGGGCAAAACCGAAUAUCACUACUGAGAUUGAGAAGAAUGAGCAGUUGAAGGAAGACUUAACAAGGAUUAAGUUUGAUCUUGAUAAAUAUCUCAAGUGGACCUGGUCCUCCAAUGUAAUCACCUCCAUGUGCAAAAGCAAAGGAAAUGGAAGGGAAGGACUUGGCUUUGAGAAGGCACCCCACAAUCCCAACAACAAAUAUGUCACCACAGCUGAGAACUGGCUAUGCAAUCAUUGUGGGUAA